AAUUGCACACGCGUACUGAGUUCUCGACCACCGUUCCAAGGAUACCAGCGCCGUCAGAUCUCAGGGGGGGGGAGAAUAAUCCGAUCCAACCAAGCAGGGUCGUCCAGUGGUACGGCCUCGCAGUCAUAAAGUAGAUGGGAUCUGAUUGGUUUUGCUGGGUAGUCGCUUAGCGAGAUCCAUCCGUUCCGAGUCUUCCAAGCUGACGACCUCCCCGAUAGUGGUACUCAUCCCGGCCAGCACCAGAAAACUUCGUUGUUAUGGUUUGACUGGUAAGGGACAGACUACAGAGCAUGAAAGCGGUUCCACCUGUCGCUGACAAGCCCUGCUGGGCGCAGACGUCAUGUCUAGCGAUGGGCCACAAAGUCCAGCCUCUAGACUGCUCUGUCAAGGGGCCUCUUUCAUCAUAGGGCCAGGGUCUGACUGGGGCACCGCUAUUCAUGGAAACAAUGACGCUGUUGGACUGGCUUUGUGCGACUGUGAAGUAAUUCUUAUUAAGUCUAGUCAUAUGCAGAAUGCAGGUAGAGGAUUAUAAAUAAAUUAUACCAAGUAUUGGACAGAAACAGCAGAAACUUGUCACUUGAUACGAUACAAUCCACCUACGUAUAUCCUCCCAACAAUCAAAUUUAUAUACAAUACCCAUCCCCUCCCAAAGCAAGCUUGAUCUUCCCUUUUUACCAUGGCCGACUCAAACCCCCAAUCUCCCAACCCCAAAGAAGAGUCUUCCGAUAACGAGUUCCCCACCAACCAACAACAACAACAGCCCGCUCCUGAGCAAGACGCCACACCGGAUAACAGCCGUCAGCGCAGACAAGAGCCUAACGACUCCGACACAGAAGACGUCCCGCGUCCCGAAAUGGAACCAGAGCAGCAGCAGAGACCCCAGCGCCGCCGCCGCGGCCAACCCCGCCAGCAACGGCGUCCUCGCCAGCAAGGUCAAGACGGCGGUCCAUUGGGUGGCCUAGGCGGCAUCAACCAGGCCGGUGAUCUCGUGCAGAACACAGCGGGCAAAGCAGUGAAUGGGGUUACAGGGAGCGCCGGUAAGGCUGUUGGCGGUUUACUAGGGGGUGGCCAGCAGGAAGAAGAGAGUGGUGGUGGAGGAGGUAAAGGGAGUGAUGAGCAGCUGCGGCUGCGGCUCGAUCUGAAUCUGGAUAUUGAGGUGCAGCUGAAGGCGAAGAUUCAUGGUGAUUUGACGCUGGGAUUAUUGAAUUAGUGCUUGACCGCGUCGAUCUAUUUGAUCUCCUUGCUUCUUCACGAUAUUACUUCCGAUACCGACUUAUGACUGCUGGUGCUCGGUCGCCAGCCUGAUAUGUGAUGUCGUCCACGAAUUUGAUUUGAAUUGGGCUUUGCGAUGUUUUGCGAUGUUUUGCGGCGGAUUGCUCUAGAUCCUUUGCGAUAUUUCACUUCCUCGGUUCGGUUUCCUGUUACUUUUUAAUCAGGCGUGCCAUUCUAUCUGGUAUUGCAUUUCCUGUACUCUAUAAAAAGGGAUCAAUGAUGAGUCUUGCAACUCCAUA